AUGAAAGAUAGCUCUAUAUAUUAUAUUGGCGGUUUAGGUUAUAGCAAUACUUUUGAUUUGAAUGAGAUUUCGGUAUUUGAUACAACGAAUUUAAAAUGGUUGACUAUGACGACUCUUGGUGAUUCAAUUUCAGGUCGUAGUGGACACUCAGCUGUUUUAAGUGCAAUUGUUCCUUCACCACUAAGAUCAGGAAUGGCAUUAAAUAAUAAUGUAUAUCUCUUUAAUACACAAAAUUAUACGUGGAUUAAAACUUUUGAUGCGUUAAAUAUAAAUGGAACUAAUUCAAAACCAGACAAUAAAGGUUCAGAUUCACUUUCAUUAGGAGCAAAGAUUGGCAUUGUUGGAAUUGGUGUAGGUGUAGUGGCUGCGAUUGUUAUAUAUUUUGCAUGGUUCUUUAUUUAUAAUAAAGUUUCUAGACGUGAUAAUUUACGUCAUUUUACAAUUUAUUUUUAUCUUAAAUUUAAAAAUAAUGUCCGUUACCUUGCAACCGGUGAAAUCG